AAGAGAAAAGUUAAGAAAGAAGAGGCAGAAUAAAAAAGUCCACUUUCUUGCCACCCUUUUGGCCCUGUGGGAACCAGCAGGACCGCCCCUGGAUUAAGUCUCCGCCUUUAAACUCAUAUAAGUGGGGAACUUCAAAGGCCGUCGGACGCCGUAGCCCCGCCCCCCCCGCGGCUUCACAAAGGAUUUGCCGACGUUCGGGAAUUCCGCCUCCACUUCCUUUUAUAGCGCCACUCGUGCGCUGGCAGAGCGCCAAGGCCACGCCCACCGCGGCUACUUUCACAACACAAAGGACACCGCGAAACUCUCAAGCUCCGCCUACCUCACCACAUAAGGACAGCGUGCCCAUGUAGGGCAAACAAUCGGCGCCAGAUUGCCCUUUUCUCUUCCUCAUCCAGUUUAUAUGAUCGGAGAGGCUCGGCGAGGCAGGUUGGAAGCGGUGCGAACAUGGCCGAGCGAGUCCAGCAGCCUCCAGCCAAGCGGCUCUGCUGUCGGCCCGGCUACAACCCGGCGUGCAGACAAGGGCAGCGGGCUGGAGGAGUCCUGUGUGGCGGCGGCUCCGGCUCCGGCUCCGCUCCGGGAGCGUCGGGGCAAAGCGGUAAGGCGCACAACCCGGAGUCGCUGCUCGACAUCGCGGCUCGCAGGGUAGCCGAGAAGUGGCCCUUCCAGCGGGUGGAGGAGCGCUUCGAGAGGAUCCCGGAGCCCGUCCAGCGCCGGAUCGUAUACUGGUCGUUUCCGAGAAGCGAGAAGGAGAUCUGUAUGUACUCGUCUUUCAACGCCGGGGCCGAGGAGAGUGGAACUAGCGGGGACAAUAAUGACGAGACCCAGCUGCCUUUCCUGCGAGGUGUCACUCUGCUGGAGGGUGGCUGGGUGGACAACGUACUGCAAGUCGGUUUCCACCUAAGCGGCACAGUAACGGACCCCGCCACGCCCUCCACUCCGGAACUUAUAUGCAGCGUCAGCGUUAGCUUCGAUCGCUGCAAGAUCACGGCGGUAACGUGCACGUGCGGCAACAAGGACAUCUUCUACUGUGCCCACGUGGUGGCGCUGUCACUUUACCGAGUACGCAAGCCCGAGCAGGUCAAACUGCACCUGCCCAUUUCGGAAACCUUGUUCCAGAUGAGCAGGGACCAGCUGCAGAAGUUCGUGCAGUAUCUCAUCUCGGUCCACCACACCGAAGUUUUGCCUACCGCGCAGAAGCUGGCAGAUGAGAUCCUGUCGCAGAACUCAGAGAUCAACCAGGUCCACGGUGCCCCGGACCCUACAGCAGGUGCCAGUGUGGAUGAUGAGAAUUGCUGGCAUCUGGAUGAGGAGCAGGUUCAGGAGCAAGUCAAACUCUUCCUGUCACAGGGAGGAUACCACGGCUCGGGCAAGCAGCUCAACCUGCUCUUCAGCAAGGUGCGAGAGAUGCUGAAGAUGCGUGACUCCAAUGGAGCGAGGAUGUUAACACUGAUCACAGAACAGUUCAUGGCCGACCCUCGGCUGGCGCUGUGGAGACAGCAAGGCACCACCAUGACAGACAAGUACAGACAGCUCUGGGACGAGCUGGGUGCCCUGUGGAUGUGCAUUGUACUGAACCCGCACUGCAAGGCCGAGCAGAAGUCGUCGUGGUUGCGGCAGCUGCGCAGGUGGAACAGCGUGGACGUGUGCCCCUGGGAGGAUGGAAACCACGGCAACGAGCUGCCCAACCUCACCCACUCGCUGCCUCAGGGUGCCCAUGGCAACCAAGAGAUGCGACCCCACAGGACUGUGUUCACACGGGCCAUCGAGGCCUGUGACCUGCACUGGCAGGACCGACACCUGCAGCACAUAAUCGACAGCGACCUCUACGCCAACUACUGUUACCACGACAACCAGGAGGGCUCCCUCUUUGACUCGCGCGGCUGGCCCUUGUGGCACGAGCACGUCCCCACAGCCUGCGCCAGGGUGGAUGCGCUGCGUUCCCACGGUUACCCCCGAGAAGCCCUUCGACUGGCCAUCGCCGUGGUGAACACGUUACGCCGGCAACAGCAGCGGCAACUUGAGCACUUCCGCAGGCACAAGAAAGAGUUGCUCCACAAGGGCCACACUUCCAUCACCAACAUGGAGGGCUGGGUGGGACACCCCUUGGAUCCCAUCGGCACUCUCUUCAGCACCCUGACUGAGUCAGGACGAGUGGGGGAGGAGGGAUCCAACACCUGUCUGGACCUCUCAGACUGCUCCAGCGUGGUGACACGAGCGGACCUCCAGCGGCUGCCCGUGCAGAGACUGCUGGGCGACGGCGAGUCGUACGUGGCGCUGGCGGUGGAGACGGCUCUGAUUGGCCUGGGCCAGCAGCGGGUGAUGCCGGACGGGCUGUAUGCUCAGGAGAAGGUGUGCCGCAACGAGGAGCAGCUGUUGGCCAAGCUUCAGGAAGUGGAACUGGACGAUUCGCUGGUGAAGAUCUUCCGCAAGCAGGCCGUCUUUCUGCUGGAAGCUGGCCCAUACUCUGGCCUUGGGGAGAUCGUCCACAGAGAGAGUGUUCCCAUGCACACCUUUGCCCGCUAUCUCUUCACCUCCCUCCUACCUCAUGACGCUGAACUGGCGUACAAAAUUGCACUGAGAGCCAUGCGGUUGCCCGUAUUGGAGUCGACGGCGUCAUCCGGCGACCUGUCGAGGCCUCACCACAUCGUGUCGGUGGUGCCCAACCGCUACCCGCGCUGGUUCACCCUCAGCCACAUCGAGUCUCAGCAGUGUGAGCUGGCCUCCACCAUGCUCACCGCGGCCAAAGGUGACAGUCGCAGGCUGGAGACAGUCCUGGAGUCCAUCCAGAAAAAUAUCCACUCCUCGUCUCACAUCUUCAAACUGGCGCAGGACGCGUUCAAGAUCGCCACUCUGAUGGACAGCCUGCCUGACAUCACGCUGCUAAAAGUCGCCCUGGAGCUCGGACUGCAGGUGAUGAGAAUAACACUGUCCACAUUAAACUGGAGGCGACGGGAAAUGGUGCGCUGGUUAGUCACAUGUGCCACUGAAGUUGGCGUGUACGCGCUGGACAGCAUCAUGCAGAGCUGGUUCACCCUCUUCACCCCCACCGAGGCCACCAGCAUCGUGGCCACCACGGUCAUGUCCAACAGCACCAUCGUGCGCCUGCACCUGGACUGCCACCAGCAGGAGAACCUGGCAUCGUCGGCCCGCACCCUGGCCCUGCAGUGCGCCAUGAAGGACCCCCAGAACUGCGCCCUGUCGGCCCUCACCCUCUGCGAAAAGGACCACAUUGCCUUCGAGACAGCCUACCAGAUUGUACUGGACGCCGCCGCCACGGGGAUGAGCUACACGCAGCUGUUCACCAUCGCACGCUACAUGGAGCACCGCGGCUACCCGAUGCGGGCGUACAAGCUGGCCACGCUGGCCAUGGCCCACCUGAACCUCAGUUACAACCAGGACACACACCCGGCCAUCAACGACGUGCUGUGGGCCUGCGCGCUCAGCCACUCGUUGGGCAAGAACGAGCUGGCCGCCGUCAUCCCCCUGGUGGUGAAGAGCGUGAAGUGCGCCACGGUGCUCUCAGACAUUUUGCGGCGGUGCACGCUGACCACGCCGGGCAUGGUGUCGGCGCUGCACAGCCGCAGGAACUCCGGCAAGCUGAUGUCGCUGGACAAGGCGCCGCUCAGGCAGCUGCUGGACGCCACCAUCGGGGCCUACAUCAACACCACGCACUCGCGCCUCACGCACAUCAGCCCGCGCCACUACAGCGAAUUCAUCGAGUUCCUGGGCAAAGCGCGCGAGACGUUCAUGAUGGCGCACGACGGACACAUCCAGUUCACGCAGUUCAUAGACAACCUGAAACAGAUCUACAAGGGCAAAAAGAAACUCAUGAUGCUGGUCAGGGAGCGCUUCGGCUGAGCUCGCACUCUAGUGCUUUUCUAUUAAGUCUGCCUUUUGAACUUCCUUUGGACUUCUUCUCGUGAAAAGAGGACGUAGAAAAAAAAAACUCAACAGAGCCACACGCGGUAUUAUUGUUCUUGCUGUUGUUAUCGUUACAAACAUUAUUACUAUUAUUAUUAUUAAUAAUAAUAUUAUUACUACUAUGUGUACAGGCGUGUUUUUAUUUUCACAAGAGGGGAAAUUUGUCACGUUGUGAAUGUUGUGCAUACUUCUCUACAUGUGUAUGUAAGGAAAAUGAUAUUGUUUUUAUUCGUUUUUUUAUUAUUUUAAACACCUUUUUCUUUCUCUGAGUGGCUGAAGGCCUUCUACAAGUAUCACUCGUGUUAAAACAAACAAACAAUACAACAAAACUGCAUCCUCGAAGAGAAACUUAAAGGCUUUAAAAAACACAGAGCACCUCCCCGUUUGGCCCCCGGGAUCCCACCAGGGGGCGCCAGACAGCACUGCACAGCUUGGCUAGGCCCCAAAAGCUACCGUCAGCAUUUUUUCGGACAGCAGCACUUGAACAGCCAUUAGUUAGCUCUUAGCACCAGUACACACAACAAUGCUCUUAGUAACCACCUGUAAUAAUGUGAUGCAUGCAGCUAUCUCCAGCCAUUAGAUGUCAUCCCACCUGGACUACAGUAUACAUUCACCGGACACAAUGUUAGGUACACCUGCAAUACAAGCGAUGUAUCAAAUAUCUGCCUUUACCAUGAUGUUUAGAUUGACACUCAGACAUGUAAUGCAACAUUAUUUAACAAUGUUCAUUACUGUGGUUGUACGCUGUAGAGUGGACCAUACUAAUAUUUUAGUAUGUGAAUAUUUUUAGGAUAAUUAAACAAACAAUAACUCACAGAAUUUGGAGAUACAUGCUUGUCAUCGGGCAGUGGCCAUAUCGAAACAUGAACAUAAGUGGCUGUGAGCAGCGUAAGGGAUGAGAGGGUGUUUUUUUCCAUGCAGCACUAUUACUUUAAAGUUCAGCCUUUUGGGAACUGAGAAGUUUUUGGGCAGAGGAAUGUAUUAACUCUUGUGUUAAACUUGUAUUAACUUGGCAACUCUAGAUAGGUAUGAAUAUGAAUAUGAGUGUGAGUGGUUGUUUGUGUAUAUGUGCCCUGCGAUUGGCUGGGUGUACCCCACUUGUCGCCCGAAAUCAGCUGGGAUAGGCUCCAGCAUACCCCCGCGACCCUAAUGAGGAGAAGCGGCAUAGAAAAUGGAUGAACUGCUGUUUAUUGUAAUUCAUAAACACUAUUAUUAUUUAUUGAAAAAUAUAGAAAUAUAUGUGAUACCAAAUAAAAAUAGAAUGAUGCAUAAUAUGUUAUGUUACUGUUUAACAAAAAGCAAGCAUCUCCAUAUUUUGUCAGAAUGAGAAUUUUGGUUAAAAAGAAAACAAAAGUGUGAGAAUAAGAAAGUGUGUCCAAACUUCUGACUGGUAUGAAGAGCAUGUAUCUCCAAAUUUUUUGUUACUACAAUUUUGGAGGCUUUUUUAUUCAAUAUCCAACAAGAGAGAUUGUAUUUACAAAAAUGCGCGCCAUCACGGCGUUAUCAGAACACUAAGUCGGCCAUAUUGACUUUGAAUCUGUUUAGCAAUGUCUCUGCUAUUAUCGUUGUGACUGUCAAUCAAAAGUGAGCAUAUUAUCAUUGCAAAGGCAGCGUGUGUGUAUCGGAUCUCAUUGGGUUCAGCGCAGGUGUACCUAAUGAAGUGGGUGUAGUAACAUUAACGUAAUGGCUGCUACCUCAUGAUGCAGUGUGGAACCUGCUCCCAAUUAAACGUGCUGUCAGAAGGACAUCUGUCACCAGUGUUCAUCAAUCUAAGGGGGGGGGGGGGGGGAGGGGGAUCCACUGUUGGCCAUCUGAUUGGCUACAAGACGAUGCGUCACUCCCAUCUCAUUUCCGCCAUUGUCUCCCCCCCCCCCAUCUCCUUUUGGCCAGUGUCAUUGUCCCCCCCCCCACCCCUCUGUGUGUCAUAGCAAUGAGACUUUCUACUGUUAAAAUCUUCACUAAUUGUCCACCGGAACGUUCUCAGGGAUUUUUCUUCACCACAAGGGAAAAAAAAAAAAAAAAGGCGGAACAAAAUGACAAAAUGACUGACUGCAGGAAAAUGAAAAGAAAAAAAACAUGACGUGAGCGAGCAUUUAUUGUACUCUGUAUAUAUACCAUAGUAUAUGUCUGAAUAUGGAGGAUCUGAAAGUAUAUGUUGACUAAUUUAUACAGAGUAUUCUAUGUAAUGUGAAAUACUUGAAGCCGCUGUAGUUUGCUCUCUCUCUCUCUUUCUCUCUCUCUCUCUCUCGCUUGCUUUCUUUUGUUUUUGUCAUGUGAUGGAACAUAUCAGGAGGUCUCAUUUUUGGGGGGAAAUGUCUCACUUCAUUCCUGCUGACUGAAGCAAAGAACAGGAGGGAUGCUACAAUGCUACGUCGACUGGGGCCAGUAACACAUAAUGCGCUUUAACCAGUUCAGCUGAAUUGAUCAUCCCUCUGCAAGUACUUGUAUAACAACACUACUCGUGUCAUAUCAGUCAUCAAGCCGUCUAAGAGGGACAUUUUAUAAUCGUUCUUUUUGUGUCUCCACAACAAUAACAAAAAAUGCAGCCUUUUCUCUUGCCUUGUCUUCUUAACGCUUUAAAGUAACCAAACAGGAAGUUCUGUCUAACAACCAAACGCGUUCAAAGAGGUGAGAGACGACCCACCUUGGUCCAGCUUUAGUGUCCUUAAUUAGUAAAGCGAAUGGCUGUGUUAAUAACUCUUCUUGCUUUAAACGACAAAGCAAACUCCUCACGUGUGUCUGCUGGUGGCUAAAAAAAAAACAAACAAAAAAAAGUACAAAUGUUGGUCAUGUCCAGUGUCUCUCAACAAUUUCCUCUUGAGUCUUUCUAGCUGUUUUUGUUUGUGUAGGAAGCGUUCCUCUUUUUAUUUAUUACGACGACCCAUGUAUACAUGCUUAUGAAAUUCAGAUUUGAUACACCAAUAUCAAUUUAUUUAUGUAACUAAAUCACUGUUUUAUAAUCUUGUUAAUGAGUCAAUAAUUGAUUUUGUUUUUGUUUUCUUUUCUUUUUUGGUUUUGUUUUAAUAAA